CCUCUCCUGACCAAUCGGAUCCCUCGAGGUUUCCGUUGAUGAGAAUCGUAACAGCUAGAAGAGUUUAGUGAGACGAAUGAGUGAGACACGCGAGAGAUGGAGGUUCACGCAGAAGACGAAACUUGUAACUUGAGCAUGCUGGGAUGUAGAAGGCCACGCCCCUGUGGGCCUCUGAUUGGCCCGCUGCUGCUGCUGCUGCUGCUGCUGGUGUGGCCGUGUGCUGUGACGGUCGGCGCGGCGACGUCGUCAGCGGGCUGCGUGGAGGCGGUUGCCGUGGCGACGGACGGGCGCGCGGCGCUUCAGGCUCAGGAGCGCCACCUCUGGGCGCUGUUUGAGAAGUACGGCGACGGAAACGGCUCCCUCACGCUGCAGGGGCUCCAGCUGAUGCUGCGGCACGUGGGCCUCGGACGCCUGCGCAUGCCCGCACACACACACACACACACACACGAGCACGCGCACACACACACACACACACACACGCACGCCGGCUCCAGGGAGGAGAAGGGCCAGUCCAACACACACACCCCCACACCCACACGCUCGCACACACACACGGACUCUGUGAGGGCAAGACGGAGCGCGGGCUAUGACCUCACUCAGGACCACACACCCGCUGCUCAGAACACGCCCCCAACCACGCGACACGGCAACCACGGCCACCACGACCACCACGAUCAACAACCUCUCAGCAGCCAACAGUGUCUGAGUGCUUCCUCGUUGCUGAAGGAUCAUGGGAUAGGGUCACAGGGCAUCUCUGUUAGUGAUUUUGGCUUCCUGUGUCCUGCUCUCCUUUCUCAGAUCGACUCCCAGUCCUGCCUGCGCCACGCAAGCCAUGAGGAACAUCCUAAGAAUGCUACGGGUACAUCAGGUCAUGAUGAUCCAAAGAACACCAACAUUGCAGCAGCGUGGCUGGGGGGGUUCUUGUCCAUCUGCAUCAUCAGUACGCUGGCGCUAGUGGGCGUGGUCUUGCUGCCGCUCAUCAACAAAACCUCCUUCAACUUCCUGCUCAGCUUCCUGGUUGCGCUCGCAGUGGGCACGCUCAGUGGUGACGCCUUCCUGCACCUCAUACCACACGCUCAGGGUCAUCACAAGCACCACCACUCAGCCAAUGAGAGCUGGGAGGAGGGUGGUCAUGGUGGUCAUGGCGACCAGGAGGACUCCCUGCGCUCGGUGUGGACGGGGCUGACGGCACUGGGUGGAGUUUACAUUAUGUUCCUCAUCGAGCACUUCCUGACUCUGGGCAAGAUGUACAAGGACAAGAAACACAAGGGUCAGAAGAAGUUUGAUCAGAGUGAUGACAUGUUGGAGUCAGAGAAGCUUCCCACCAUUGAAGAGAAUGAUGGAAAAGCCCUCGAUGAGGCGGAGGCGAACGGCGGCAGCGCGAGCGUGCGUGGGCUGUGUGAGGAGGAGGAGGAGGAGAUGCUCUCUCACACACACACACACACACACACACUCUCUGAGCUGCGGGACGCUGACCAAUCGUCGGACUGCCAGGACAAAUGCCACUCCCACUUCCACGACACGGUGGCUCCGCCCGCCCAGCUGCACCACCAUCACCACGACUACCACCACAUCCUGCACCACCACCACUCGCAGAACCACCACCCGCACACACACACACACCGACACACACACGGCUACAGCCGGCAGCAGCUGCAGGAGGCCGGAGUGGCCACGCUCGCCUGGAUGGUCAUCAUGGGGGACGGCCUGCACAACUUCAGCGACGGCCUGGCCAUAGGAGCUGCAUUUACAGAGGGUCUGUCCAGUGGCCUCAGUACUUCAGUGGCUGUUUUCUGUCACGAACUUCCGCAUGAACUUGGUGAUUUUGCCGUGCUGCUGAAGGCUGGGAUGUCGGUAAAGCAGGCCGUGAUGUAUAACGCGUUGUCUGCGCUGAUGGCGUUCUUCGGCAUGGCAACGGGCAUUCUGAUUGGUCACUACGCACAACACGUGGCCACCUGGGUCUUCGCCCUCACCGCCGGACUCUUCCUCUACGUGGCCCUGGUGGACAUGGUGCCGGAGAUGCUCCAUAACGACGCCAGUGAGCAGGGCUUCAGUCACUAUGGUUACUUCCUCCUGCAGAAUGCUGGGAUCCUGCUCGGCUUCGGAAUCAUGCUCACCAUCGCCAUCUUGGAGCCGCGCAUCCAGCUCCACUUUGACCUUUAACCUUUAACCCCACCAUCGCCAUCUUGGAGCCGCGCAUCCAGCUCCACUUUGACCUUUAACCUUUAACCCCACCAUCGCCAUCUUGGAGCCGCGCAUCCAGCUCCACUUUGACCUUUAACCUUUAACCUUUGACCCUACCAUCGCCAUCUUGGAGCCGCGCAUCCAGCUCCACUUUGACCUUUAACCUUUAACCCCACCAUCGCCAUCUUGGAGCCGCGCAUCCAGCUCCACUUUGACCUUUAACCCCACCAUCGCCAUCUUGGGGCCGCGCAUCCAGCUCCACUUUGACCUUUAACCCCUUAAUCAUUCCACAUCCCCGCACAUACAGAAGUGUGUGUGUGUGGGAGGUCCUGUGCUGUUACAGUAGCAUGCUAAGCAGCUAGUGAUGUUGGCACUUAGUGCAACAGUAUUUUCAGUUAGUGAUGAUGUGUGUUUGCAUCAUGAGAAGUCUUUUUUUGUAUAUGUGUGCCUAUGUGCAUAUGUGUGUGUGCUCAUAUGUCUGUUACAUUGAAGGGAAGCACUCAUGUGUGUCUGUUACAUUGAAGAGAAGUGUGUGCGUGCGUGCGCUCACUCAUAUGUGUCUGUUACACUGAAGAGCACUGUGUGUGUGUGAGAGAAUAUGCCACGUAGAUGUGUGUCUAGUAAAA